CACGAUGACGCGAUUCACGUCACAGAUCAAAACCAAAACAUCUGUUGGCAGACAACUUGUAGUAAGGUAGUUAGCCACCUAGCUACAUCACAACAAACCGCAAACUCUUCAUAUUUUGAAUACGCCAUCGCUUCGGUUACGCGUGGUGAAACUGCGGCUUCACAGUUUCUGUCCCAGUGUGCUGGAUCUGAGCGCCAGGAUAGGGAAGCAAAGCGAAGGGGCAGCUGCCGGCGGUGCAGCGAGCCCGGUGGACAAAAUGCCAGAAAGUCCGGAGAAAAUCUCGUCUGUGUCGGCUCAGGAGCUAAAGGAACAGGGCAACCGUCUCUUCCUGAACCGCAAGUACCUGGAGGCUGCCGCCUGCUACAGCAAAGCCAUAAGCCACAGUCCGUGUGUCCCGGCGUACUACACCAACAGAGCGCUGUGCUACGUGAAGCUGCAGCAGUACGACAAAGCUCUGGCAGACUGCCGACACGCGCUGGAGCUCGACAGCCAGUCGGUCAAAGCUCACUUCUUCAUGGGUCAGUGCCACCUGGAGAUGGAGAGCUACGACGAAGCCAUCUGCAACCUGCAGAAGGCCUAUAACCUGGCGAAAGAGCAGCGUCUGAACUUUGGGGACGACAUCCCCAGCGCUCUGCGGAUCGCUAAGAAGCAGCGCUGGAACAACAUGGAGGAGAGGAGGAUCAACCAGGAGAGCGAGCUGCACGCCUAUCUCACCAAACUCAUCCUCUCGGAGAAGAAGAGAGAAGUGGAGGGCUGUAGACAGAAAGACGACGACAGCAGAAUUCAACCCAAUCCAAACGAGAUUCACACAAAACAUGACAAGUAUCUGUCAGACAUGGAGGAGCUGUUCUGUCAAGUGGACGAGAAGAGGAAGAAGCGAGAGAUCCCCGACUUCCUGUGUGGAAAGAUCAGCUUUGAGUUGAUGAGAGAGCCCUGCAUCACUCCCAGCGGAGUCACCUACGACAGGAAAGACAUCGAAGAGCACCUGCAGCGAGUCGGCCAUUUUGACCCGGUGACGCGCUCUCCUCUGACCCAAGAUCAGCUCAUCCCAAACCUGGCCAUGAAGGAAGUCAUCGAUGCUUUUAUUUUUGAGAACGGAUGGGUGGAGGACUACUGACCAAUGAGAGGAGAGGAAGAGAAGUGAUUUCUGACCAUUUCAGAGGGUUUGCUGCUCUGUCGUUGCUUUAAUUUAAACACAAAUCACAGUUUGAUGACGUGUGUCCUGCAGAAAUCAUCAAACAGCCGCCGGAGCAAACUAAACUUAAAGGAGGAAUAUGUAAUAUAUUUACUGUUUUAAAUCCUAAAAUGACCACGAUGUGUCCUCAGAUAUUAAGGAAACAUACCGACAACAAUGUUAAAGUCAGUAUUUUCUCCUUUGAAAUGUCCAUAUCGGUCUGUUUUUAGUUUAGGUCUGUGUGUUGCCUAUUUUCACACCCAGGUUGCCAGAUAUGAAACGCAAACACGCAAAAACAACGUGCUGCAGCCAUGGAAGCAGCAACCAACCAACCAACCAACCAAACAGGGUCAACAGAGAGAGAUUCAUUCUACCCGACCUUAAAAACCUCGCCAUCUUUCUAAACUGUUGCAUGACUACAGACGGGGAAAUAUUAGAGAUAAAACAAACUGAAAUGAAUGUAAAACCCACAAAAAUCAAAGUUAUGAAAUCAAGAAAAAGCCAAAGAAAACAAAUUCAGUUCAGAGGAGCAUCACUAGAGGGCGCUGUCAGUCCAACCUGCAACACGAAUGUUUCAGAGGAGGUGGAACAAGUACUCAGAAGUACUGAAAUAUAAAAGUACUCUGUCAUAAGUAAGAGUCCUGCUUUCAAAAUUUGACUUAAAAUGCUAAUAUUAUGCUUUUUGGCUUUAAAUCCAACAGAUUCUGUCCCAAAAAAAACUUAAAGUGAUGAAUAUGUUUACAAUAAUACUGCACUGUAAAACCUGUUUUCAUUUUGCUGUUCCUGAAGAAGCACUUUAUGUUGGACAAUGUUAACUUAUAUUAAAGUACUCUCUGGAUACUGAAGUAAAUAAUAAAAUACACAACCAAAACUUAUCAGACUCCAA